AGAAAACAGAUAUUGUUAGAGGUUUUUUUUUUCGAACUUUACUGUCAGCUGCUUAUUAAGUGUUAUAAUCUAUGGUCAGCUGUAUCUCGGACUUUGCCCAGAAAAUUUUAAAUUGCAAUUGUUUUUGAAGUUUUAAGGUAACUCAAUCAAAAUGACAAGUUUCAUGAAAACAAUUGCUUUUCUGACAUCGAGUUCUAUAAGAAGAGUUGCAGUACCGAGACAUUUCUCGACGAGCACAGGUGUUCCGCAGUUCGAGACAUUAGCCAUAACUGUGCCCAAAAAACAUGUGUUCCAUGUUGAAUUAAACAGGCCAAAGAAAUUGAACACUUUUAAUAAAGCCAUGUGGAGGGAAUUAAAUGAAUGCUUCUCUUCGUUGAGCAAUAAUUCGGAAUGCAGAGUGGUUGUCUUGUCCGGACAAGGAAAGCAUUUUACUGGCGGUAUAGAGAUAAACAGCCUCGUGGAAAUGGCGGCGGAGGCUGAGGACCUUCCAGAUGUGGCCAGGAAGGCCAGAUACCAUUACAACUUCAUUAAAUACGCACAGGACGGAAUCACGGCUUUGGAGGAUUGCGUCAAACCAGUGUUGACCGUGGUGCACAACGCCUGUAUCGGCGCCGGAGUAGACCUGGUCACCGCCUGCGACAUCAGGUAUUGCUCCCAGGACGCGUGGUUUCAAGUCAAGGAAGUGGAUGUUGGCUUGGCGGCCGAUGUUGGAACCCUGCAAAGGCUCCCGAAGGUAAUUGGCAACACGUCGAUAGCGCGAGAACUUUGCUACACCGGCCGAAAGUUCGACGCCAGGGAAGCGAGUGAAAUAGGCUUCGUCAGUAAAGUGUUCCCCGAUAAAGACACUGCCCUCAGUCACGCGCUGCAGGUAGCCGAAGACGUCGCAUCGAAAAGUCCGGUCGCAGUUCAAACGACGAAACAAAGUCUCGUCUACUCGCAGAGCAGACCAAACAGUGAUGGCCUCGAGCAUAUUCGCUUGCUUAAUUCCGUGAUGAAUCAAGGCGAGGAUCUACCCAAAGCGGCCGUCGCUCAGGCCACGAAGAGCCCGCCGCCGGACUACGAGAACCUGUAGACACUAACAAUGCUCCACGGCUUCAAGGAUCUUAAACCCUUUGCCUGUCGUGUAGGUCACCGGUGCCCUACGCGGCGCACUGAAGUAACUAUGUCGAUAUCUGUUGGGAUCCAAGGGGAAGUUUGUAGAGUUCCAAAAGAGGUAUAUAUUACUCGUGGUAGGACCUCUUGUGAGUGCGCGCGGGUGGGUACCACCACCCUGGCUAUUUCUGCCGCGAAGCAGUAAUGCGUUUCGGUUUGAAGGGUGGAGCAGCCGUUGUAACUAUACUGAGACCUUAGAACUUAUAUUUCAAGAUGGGUGGCGCAUUUACGUUUUACAUGUUUAUGGGCUCUGGUAACCACUUAACACCAGGUGGGCUGUGAGCUCGUUCAACUAAUUAAGCAAUAAAUAUAUAAAAAAGGUCACCUGUGCCCUACGCGGCGCACUAAAGUAAUUCUUUUGUUUGUUAAUAUAUGUUUUAGUCCUCUUACAAAUAGAUUCAUUCUCAGUAUCUCUCGGAUUCGUCUUUCCCGGAGUCUACUAGAUAUUCCAGCGCCUUAGUAAGAAGUUGAAGAGAUAAAUCGAUAUAGAUACUUCAGUGCGCCGCGUAGGGCACCGGUGACCUACACGACAGGCAAAGGAUUAAGAUUGCUUAGCGUCCCAUAAACGAUAUCGUGUCGAAGUAUUUCACUCAAUCGAAUUCUUCCAUUUUACAAAUGACAAUUAGAUAUUGUAUAUAUAAUAUAUAAAAUAUACGAUCCUAUACAUCUUUGAAGGCGCUGUAAAAAAAAAACAGUUAUUUCAUAAGAACUAAACAGACAAAGGUAACGAUUUAAUUUUUUACUAAUAAGUGAUUAAUAGUGUAAGGGUAAAAUGUGUUAUUGAAGAAAUAUUUAUCGUGCCUUAUAAUAUACUUUUAGGAUGAUUUGUUAGUACUAUUGGUUGUCUAUACUAAUAUUAUAAAGAGGAAAGAUUUGUUUGUUUGUUUGUUUCGAAUAGGCUCCGAAACUACUGGACCGAUUUGAAAAAUUCUUUUUCCAUUAGAAGCCGACAUUGUCCCUGAUGAACAUAGGCUACUUUUUUUUAUUUUAUUUUUAUUUUUUAUUUUUUGGUUUCAUGUGUGUUUUAAUGUUUCCGAAGCGAAGCGAGGGCGGGUCGCUAGUAUUUUAUACUUCUAUAAUCACAAAUUUCGCCAAGACUACACUAUAAAAAAUAUUAACAAAGACAAACAAUAUUUAAUCUCAAUUUGACAACAGACGUCAAGAACAAAAGUUUGACAAUAAAUAGUAUGCAUGCGUGUGUGCGUCAAAUACAUGGUAUGUAGUGUGUGUAAUGUUUUCCUUAUUGAUUUAAUGUAUCUUUUAUGCAUUAUUUAAAAAAAUUAUUAGCAUUGCGCACUUCUCUAUAUUCUCUAUAAGUGUGGAAAAUUUCAUACUCUGUCCGCGCAAUUUUCGUAAAAAGGGAUACAAAGUUUUUGCUUCACGUAUUAAUAUAUAGAUAUAUACCCUCCUAUAGCGCGGUAGGUAUGCUCCUAACAAGUCCCGUGUUGUGUGGAACCGCGUUAUAGUCCUUUUCAAAUAAGAAUGUGCACGUCAAUGACCUUGAUCUGUCAAAGUUCGAUAAAAAAGUACGGAUAGCAACAAAAAAAAUGUUAUCUUCUUUUUUUAAUUGAAUUUUAUGCCUUAUUAUGAAGACUAUUAAUAUGUUUGCUUAAUGAAUCAUACAGAUCUAUAUAAUUUGCUUGAAAUGUUGAGUACUGGUCGAGGUAAAUUAAACAUGAAUAUAGAUUAUAUAAAAAAAACUACCACCUAUUUAAAAAACAACGCUGCAACACUGCCGGACCCUAUAAUGAUUAUAGUAUAAUGCGACGAUGAUGAUGAUUAUUCAAGCAGUGGGAUGAGUGGAAUCGGCAAACGCGAAAAUUUGGAUUAUAAAUAAAUAUUUAAAAAUUCCUACUUUUUUUACCGACUUUACCUAUUUUUUUCGAUUUGACAGUUAUGACGUCACAAUAUGGCGCAAAUCCAUGCACAUUCUUAAUUGAAACUCAUUUUAUAUGAGACUAGAAGCCAGUACAAAAUGGAGAGCAAUUUUUCUAAAUGAAAUGUCUCAACUAUGCCUGUAUGUAUUUGUUGCGUUAUUUUGAUUAAGCGUGGACUGUAUUUUUUGUAUGAAAUAUUUAUUAAACCUUUAUAUUUACAAAUUAACGACUUAAUAUAUGAGAAUUAUAAAAUUGACGCGUUACUUUUGGCGGCUGGAUUUGUAAGAGGAUUUGGUGUCAUGGCGGAAGUCGCUCGCUGUCAUUUUGACGUUCAGAAACUGAACAAUAUUUCAUUACGUGUUAAUCAUCAUAGAAAAUAAGCAGUAAAAUUUCGGUUAUUCCCUUAAUAUUGUAUGAUCAUAAGUAUUUUUGGGUAUUAAUUAUUUAUAACCUCUGUCAUAUUUAAUUUUAGAUAUGUUUUAUUAAGCUGUUAUGAAAUUAAAUGGUUAUUAAAAAAAAACAA